AUGGAACAGAACCAGCCUACAAUGGAAGAGGGUGCUGGAUUUGCUCCUGUGAAGUAUGCAGCAGCAAUCGGUACUUACCCCAAGGCUGUUGUUCUUGUGGGAGCAAAGUUGUACGUGAAGAAGCCCUGUGAACUGAGUCAGCACAGUGAGGAUAGAGUAUCUACAGAUCCACAGGGCUCCAGUCGCCAAUCUCUUCCUCCACCUCAGAACCUGCCCUGUUCACUGCAGAAGGCACCUGCUUUUAAAGAACUGGGGAAGAGCGACUGGCCCCUUCAAGAUUUCAAGGGAAACCUGAGUUACAACAAACUCUCUGAGAUUGACCCUGCUGGCUUUGAGGACUUGCCAAAUCUACAGGAAAUGUACCUCCAUAAUAAUGAGUUGACAGCCAUACCAUCCCUGGGUGCUGCCUCUCCACACGUGGUGUCUCUCUUUCUGCAACACAACAGGAUCCGCAGCGUGAACGGGAGCCAGCUGAAGGCCUACCUUUCCUUGGAAGUGUUGGAUCUGAGUUCGAAUAAUAUCACGGAAAUCCGGAGCGGCUGCUUUCCCCCUGGACUGUACAUAAGAGGGCUCAACCUGGCCAGCAAUCACAUUGGCACCCUGGAGUUGGGAGCAUUUGAUGGCCUGUCACGCUCACUGCUUUUUCUUCACCUGAGCAAAAACAGGAUCACCCAGCUUCCUAUAAAAGCAUUCAAGUUACCCAGGCUGACACAACUGGACCUCGAUCGGAAUCAGAUUCAGUUGAUCCAGGGCCUCACGUUCCAGGGCCUGGACAGCUUGGAGGUGCUGAAGCUCCAGAGAAACAACAUCAGCAAGCUGACUGAUGGUGCUUUCUGGGGGUUGUCCAAUAUGCAUGUGCUGAUCCUGUCCUUCAACAACCUCACGGGGCUGGAUGAGAAGAGCCUGGCCAAGCUGGGCAGUUUGAGCAUCCUGCACCUCAGCCACAACUCCAUCAGCCACAUCGCUGAAGGCGCCUUCAAGGGACUCAAGAACCUGCGCAUCUUGUACGGCAUUCACUGUGGGGGUGACCGAGCGACGGGGUCCUGGGCAGGAGAGCAGAAGAGGGCAGAGCUGGCCCCCCGAAGGCUGACUGUGCAUUCUUUCUCCCCCCUUUUCCCCCACCCUGUCUCUUUCUGGAUGUUUGGAAUCUGUAGGACUCUGUUUGGGAACAAGAUCAAGUCCGUGGCUAAGAGAGCGUUCUCGGGGCUGGAAGGCCUGGAGCACCUGGACCUGGGAGAGAAUGCCAUCAGGUCUGUGCAGCUGGACACCUUUAUCACGAUGAGGAAUCUUAAGGAACUCCACAUCAGCAGUGACAGCUUCCUGUGUGACUGCCAGCUCAAGUGGCUGCCUCCAUGGCUUGAAAGCACAACACUGCAGGCCUUUGUAACAGCCACUUGUGCCCAACCAGAGUCACUGAAGGGCCAGAGCAUUUUCUCAGUACCACCAGAGAGAUUUGUGUGUGAUGGCUUCCCAAAGCCACAGAUCAUCACCCAGCCGGAGACAACAACAGCCGUGGUGGGCAAGGACAUCCGGUUCACGUGCUCAGCAGCCAGCAGCAGCAGCUCCCCCAUGACUUUUGUCUGGAAGAAGGACAAUGAGGUUCUGGCCAACGCCAACAUGGAGAACUUCUCCCAAGUGCGCAAGCAGGACGGGGAAGUAAUGGAGUAUACCACCAUCCUGCACCUCCACAGGGUCACCUUUGGCCAUGAGGGCCGCUACCAGUGUGUCAUCACCAACCAUUUUGGCUCCACCUACUCUAACAAGGCCCAGCUCAUGGUGAAUGUGCUGCCAUCAUUUACCAAAAUGCCAAGAGACAUCACCAUCAGGACAGGCACCAUGGCUCCCCUUGAGUGUGCGGCCACCGGCCACCCCAACCCCCGGAUUGCCUGGCAGAAGGACGGAGGCACAUACUUCCCUGUGGCUCGGGAGCACUGCAUGCAUGUCAUGCCAGGCCAGGACGAUGACAUGUUUUUCAUCACUAAUGCGAAAAUAGAUGACAUGGGCAUUUACAGUUGCACCGCCCAGAACUCGGCAGGCUCUGUGUCAGCGAAUGCCACCCUGAAUGUCUUAGAGACCCCGUCCUUGGUGUUACCCUUGGAAGACCUCGUGGUGUCUGUGGGGGAGACGGUGGCCCUCCAGUGCAAAGCGACCGGCAGCCCUCCCCCCCACAUCACCUGGCUCAAGGGGAACCGCCCCCUGAGCCUCACCUAUAGGCACCACUUCACCCCCGGCAACCAGCUGCUGGUGGUCCAGAACGUGGUGGUGGAGGACGCGGGCCAGUACACCUGCGAGAUGUCCAACACGCUGGACAGGGAGCACGCUCACAGCCAGCUGAGCAUCUUGCCCACACCUGGCUGCAGGAAGGACGGGACCACCAUGGGCAUCUUCACCAUCGCCGUGGUGUGCAGCAUCGUUCUGAAGUCGCUGGUGUGGGUGUGCAUCAUCUACCAAACCAGAAAGAAGAGCAAGGAGUACAGCGUCACCAACACAGGAAACAGUGGCAUUCGAUUCUUCUCUUCUGGGGCCCUGAGUGAUUGGAGAAUGGAUUGGUAGAGAAGAAAACGAUGCUGAUCCACUAGCUGCUGAAAUGCUGUAGCCCCCAGUUCCAAGAAGUAAAAAUGACCAAUGGGAAAGUGAAGACAGUGGCUCUAGCCCUGCAGGAAGGUAAACAGAGAUGCCUUCCAGGAUUCUAUGACUGGUCACUAAAAGAUGAAUGGAAAAUAAACCCAAGUGCAGGAUUUUGAUGGGAUACCUCAUAGUAAUUUUAUAUAGAAAAACUGGUAAGCUU